AUGGAAGUCGGGAAAGAUCACGAUUUGAUAGCAUCAGCUAAUGAAGCAAUCCAUCUCAAGCUAGUCAGUAAAGGAGAUGAAGUUCUUGAAAAAUCAGAAUCAUUUCACCCUGAAUUUACUCAUCAACUAUUCGGAGACAAUGAAGCGAUAUUUGGAUAUAAGGAUUUGGAAAUCAAGUUAUACUAUGGAUCUUCGAGCCUCCUAACUUAUUUUGGAUUCACAUAUUCACAGAAAAUUGAUCCGUCUACUUCUGACGGUGUUAAAGCCGACGAUAUUAUUCAAAUUUUAUCAGAUGUUUUACCCCAAGGUUUUUACACCAAUCAGGAUGAAUAUAUGCGUGUAUUAGAAAAGGAAGAGAGUAAUUUUAAGCCGUUCGGGGAGAUAAUCAAUAGCUAUUCAUUGGACGAUCAAACAUUUGAGAUUAGGAAGGCCAACGUUGAUAUACCCGGCUUUAAAGCAUACCACGAGAGACUUAGAACCUUUCUGAUUUGGUAUAUUGAAACUGCUUCAUUUAUCGAUGAUGACGACGAAAAAUGGACAUUUUAUCUACUAUACCAUAAGCGGAAGGAUCACAACGCUUUUCGUUAUGAUAUCAUUGGAUAUAUGACCUCUUAUAACUAUUACGCAUACCCCGACAAGAUUCGAUCAAGAAUUAGUCAAAUCAUUAUAUUACCACCAUAUCAAAGGAAUGGUCAUGGAGCUAAGUUAUUAGAAAGUUAUUAUUCACUGGCAGAAAAGGAUGACAACAUUUUAGAUAUCACAGCGGAGGAUCCAUCUGAGAAUUUCAUAAGCUUACGAGACUUUGUUGAUUGCCGUCGUUGCGCAAAGCUACCAGCAUAUUCUGAUCAAAAUCUACAUGAUGGAUUCAACGAGAAUAUGGCUAAUGAGGCACGAAAAAAACUCAAGAUUCAUAAGAAACAAGCAAGAAGAGUUUAUGAAAUUCUCCGUUUGAAAGCAACAGAUCGAAGUAAUGCUAAAGAGUAUCUGGCUUACAAAAGUUAUGUUAAAAAGAGGCUUAGCCAGCCAUUCAAGAAAGAAGAAAAAGACUUGUUGAAGUUGCAAAAAUUUUUGAAGCCCGAGGAGUACAAUGCUGCGAUAAUUCAAGCAAAUAGCCAAGACAAAGUACAGCUCCUUAAUGAUAGCUAUAAAGCAAUCGAAGAAUCUUACCUAUCAAUUAUUGAAAAGUUAGCUCUAUACUAG